GUUGUGAUCGAGAAAUAAAAACUGGUAAAACCCGAGAUCUUAAUAAACACAUGAAUUUAAAUGGGAACCUUCGUAAAGGUCAAUGCUUACCGGCUUUGCGUUUAAUGCAAAACCCCCAUCAAGCUCCAGUAGUAGAAAAUCCACCAGAAAAUCCGGCACCAAUUCCAACACAAAAUACACCACCAGUACCGAUUCCCGAAGGCGAUCUCAUAUCAUUUGAUGGAAACCCACCGAUGCACCAGCCAGCCCAGCCGAGAGAAGAAAAUGCGCUGGCAGUCGACCCCGGGAUAGGAUCUAGUACAAAGCAAAAUAGCGUAAGCUACCAAGAUAGAGACAGACCCUCAUUGCGAAGCAAUAAAACUAUCUUAAUUCAUAAAAAUGUACCAAAUGGGUUUGAGUUUUAUGAUGGAAAAAGAAAAUG